AUGCCUGCUGCCACUUCAUCCAUACUUUGCACCCUCCUUCUCGCCAUUCCUCUGCUCUCCCCCUCGGCUGCCGCUGCCGCCGCAGCCGCAGUCGUCAAGAAAGACGUGUCAUCCGCAGUUGUAGUGGCCGCCGACGCAGCCCUCGUAGACGCAGCCGUCACUUUCACCGUAUUCCCCAGCUAUGCCCAAUGCCUGUCAAACCAGAGCGGAACCCGAUACGCGAACCCUGAUGCCGGCUGUUACGAGUUGCCUGGGAGCUCCAUGGAUGUCAAUGCUAUAGCUGGUGGUUGCCGUGUCUUCGUUUACCAAUCCGGCAGCUGCGACGGUGCCGAAAAGCAGGUUCAUUCCGGAGAUAUCUGUGUGAAUAUUGCGAGCUUCCAAACCAUCAAGGUUUUCUGCGGUUGA